AUGGACAUACAGUACGUAUACCAGAAAGAGCGCCGCGAGUUUGGUAAGCAGUGCUUGUUUUCCGACAAAAACAAGGUCGAAUUUUCCGAACCCGCCAACCAUGAGCUCUUCCGGGAGUACAUCCUGCGUGAUCCUGUGUCGGUUGGGACGCAGUACAGUCGCCAGAUGGCGAUCAGUGAGGCGAACACUGAAAGUGCCGAGUACGAGCACCAUGGCAUCCUGCACUCGGAGGGUGGCUGGCCGAAGGACGUCAACUAUCUCGAUCCGGAGCAGACGGUGCGCUAUCGGCGAAAGGUGGAAAAGGACGAGAACUACAUCAGCCAGCUGAUGGCACUGACCAAGCCGAUGGAACACUGCAUCUUCCAGAACAACGCGGUCAACAUAUACGAGAAGUACUUUGAUGAUCUGGAUCCGGCACCGCUGGUCGAGCGGAGUAGUUCCCGAACGUUGAACGUGUACCGUGAUCCGAGCAUCUACAAGCAACCGGUAACGCACUUAUCUUGGUCACCGGAUGGCGGUACCAAGAUUGCAGUCUCACACUGCAACAUGAACUUUGGCGAGGUGCUCGGAAAAGCGGUCUGCUCGUACAUCUGGGAGGUGGAGAAUCCGAAUGCACCACUGUUGCGCUUUAAACCUGCCAGCUCGAUGAUCUGCCUCGAGUACAAUCAGAAAGACCCGACGACGCUGGUGUGUGGCAUGUAUAAUGGGCAGGUUGCGGCAUGGGACACGCGCAACGAGCAAGAACCGGUGAUGAUCAGCGAACGGGAGCAUUCCCAUCGUGCUCCGGUCAACUCGGCGCUGUGGAUCAACUCAAAGAGUGGUACGGAAUUUUUCUCUGGUUCAUCCGACAGUCAGGUUAUGUGGUGGGACACGCGUAAGCUCGCGCAACCGAUCGAUACGCUGUUGAUGGACCCGAUCAAGGCGGACGAACAGGAUCUCUCGCGCUCGUAUGGUGUUAGUUGCCUUGAGUAUGAAACCUCCAUUCCAACGCGGUUCAUGUGCGGCACGGAACAGGGUAUGCUGUUUUCCUGCAACAGAAAAGGGAAAUCACCCCAGGAGAAGAUCGUUUUCAGGAUGCAAUGCCAUACGGGUCCUAUCUAUGCCCUGACGCGCAACCCAGCAUUCGUGAAGAACUUCCUCACUAUUGGGGAUUGGAUUGCGCGCAUUUGGUCGGAGGAUUGUCGGGAGAGUUCCAUCGUUUGGACAAAGAAUCACGACGUGAUGCUGACGGAUGGUGCCUGGAGCCCAACCCGGUACUCGUUGUUCUUUGUCAGCCGUGUUGACGGUGUGCUGGACGCGUGGGAUUUGCUGCAACAGCACAGCGAACCAACGCUCAGCAUAAAGGUGUGCGAUGAAAGCCUGAAAUGUCUGCGGGCGCAUGAGUCCGGCCGGCUGGUCGGUACGGGCAGCGUGAAGGGCGCAACAUUCCUGAUAGAAAUGUCUGAAAAUAUGACCUCGAUUCGCAACGACAAACCUCUACUCACUGCGAUGCUGGAGCGCGAAAACCGUCGCGAAAAGAUACUGGAAGCUAAAUCGCGCGAGAUGAAGCUGAAGGUGCGAACCUUAAACCGUCAGGAUGAGCAUACGGAAGACAAGCCCAAGCUGUUCCAGUGUCGCUCCGCCUGUGAAGCUGCCGAGCAGGAGUACUUGCAGAUGCUUGAUAAGGAGCGUAAAUCCCGCAAUCCGGAAGAAUACGAGGAAGAGUAUGACCCAAAGAAGAUUCGCAAGCCAUACAAACCGGACAACCACGAAUCUGAUGGUGAAAAUAACUAA